UUAAUUAAAAUUACAUUCUGUAUUGUAAUGCACUCUUGUUUAUUAUGGUUCCAUACGGUUAUGACAUGUUGCAAGUAAGAAUGUCGCUGUACUCUGUAUUUGUGACAAUACAACUCCAGUGCUAGACCACUGACUGUAACCAGCACUUGAUUUGUAUUUCCCUUGCUCUUUCCAUCACGUCACAGCUUCUAGACCAGUGUUGCCAGGCAACAGAGCCACACUUUUAGAGAGACAAACAGCACGUGGAAUUCAGGGCCAGCCUACUAGCUGAAAAAUGCAGAAUUGAGCAGUAACCUAGGGCACCUCUACAAUCCUUUUUCUGUGCCUCCUUACCCAGUGCAAGGUCACAAAGUAAUUUAGCAUGUGUGAAAAUUAAUGCUGGAUGUGACUGCUUAUCUAGAGAGUUCAAGUUGAUGUGCUGCUUUUACAUAACAUGUACUAGAGAGCCAGGGUUAAACAUUUUGCUGUGCUCUUCAUGUACUUGGAAAUGGACAUGAUUCACAACAUGUGAAAUAUUAAAUCAACUGGUAGAGUUUCUUCAGGUUCUUAUAAGUGAGUGUCCUAACUCUGUGACAAGCAGCUGCUGUCAGAACUAGAGGGGCAUUUUCGUCAGCAACUGGACUGAAAGAUAAAGUGACUUGGUGACCACUGGCUCUCACUAAAUGAACAAGAAUGAGUCUGCGAGAAUUUGGGUUUGAUCCCAAGAAUGAUAUCUGAAAGCGAAGAUGAGCUAAAUCUUUCAUCCACUGCUGAGCAGGCAGGUAGAGAGUAUUAUUAUUAUUAUUAUUUUAUUAUUUUAUGCUUGGCUGGUGUACAUUCUCAUGGUGACUUGAACAAUCAGCUCACACUACACUUCCAUAUCCAUCCAUCUUCUAAUUUGCUUAUCCAGUUUAGAGUCAUUGUUCAUAUCCUAGCAGCAGAAUAUGGAAGCCAUCUCUGGAUGGAGUAUAAUCCUCUCACUGGGCAUAUUCCCUCUUUCACUCAUAAGCCAUUUUGGCGUUAUUAAAUAUUAGAAAUGUGGGAGGAAAACCGAAAUACUUGGAAAAAAGCACGCACAUAUAGUUUCUAUAGAUAUUGUUUUAGAUCUCAAGCACAAGUUUAAGUUCACUUAUUCGUUCAGGGUCAGCCAAUGAGACAGGAUUGAACUGGCAACCUUGCAGUUUACAGUCUAGCACAUUGUAACUACUUGCUAUAUGAAGAAUCUGAUUUUUGCAGAGGCACUGUAUGAAAUGCCGCAAUGGGAUUAUUGUUCUACUGCUGCAAUGGCACUCAUUGCAUUUUUUCGUUUGGACCCUCUUGGACAGGCAGAGCAUUUGUAAAGUGGCUGACUUUCCAUAUUUAUUAGAAUAUUUACUGGGGUGGUGCUGAAACUCCCAUUUUGGUGUUAAUUUUCUCUGGUGCUAUGUCCUUCUUCAGUUUCCAAUGCACUUUCCUCAGCAGCACCUUCUGCUUUGUUUGAGAUGCAUGAGCCUCAAGAGUAUUUGGGAUUGAGACUCUGACAUAAGAGGCCACUCUCAGUCUUUAACAUCUUGUUGCUUUACACUUCCUUCCUGAGUCACAUUGGCCACCGCACAGGAAGUCGCAGGAGAUGACAAGCACUUGUUUCCUCACUGUGCCACAGCACAUAAGCCCAGUGUGCCUGCUUGUCAAUUUCUUCGAUUUAUGUGGCUCGGCUUUCUCCUUUUGUACUUUGCCUUCUGUCAACUAUUGGGAAGAAGAAGAAGACGGAAUUUCUCCUUUUCAAGGUUCUAGCUAGUGGGUGAGUGGGCCACAAUGGAAGGAAUGGACCAAGAGAUUUCUGAAAUUUUCGCCCAGGCCUCCCUGCAGGCCAGUCCUUGCGAAGACUAUUCAAACUUCCUGGGUGGAAAGAACAAAUUAAUUCACCCGCAGUCUCUCAAGGAUGCCAGAUUUGAGCAACUGAAGGAGGUUCUAAUAUCCUGGAUCAAUGAUAAACUGAAAAAAGAGCACAUUGUGAUCCAGAGCCUUGAAAAGGAUUUAUAUGACGGACUCAUACUGCAUCACCUGUUUGUAAAACUUUCUGGUGUCGAGCUGAAAGUGGAAGAAAUUGCCCUUACAGAAAGUGCACAGAAGCGCAAACUCACCAUCAUCCUGGAAGCUGUGAAUGAGAAGCUAAAUCUGCCAGCUGAUGAAUCACUUAAAUGGAGUGUGAAUGCAAUUUACAGUUGUAAUCUGCUAGCCAACUUACACUUACUAAUUGCCAUGGCCAGAUGCUUCCAGCCUGAACUGGUUUUGCCACCUAACCUAUGUCUGAAAAUUAUUGUACUUGAGGUGAACAAAAAUGGAAUCAAGUCAGAAACAAUCUUAGAGUGUAUCACUGGUGGCAGCACUGAAGCAGAUGAGACCCUCAAAGAUCCAAUUGAGGAGCUAUUAAAACUGGCCCCAGAGAAAGUGAACACAGUGAAGCAGGCUAUCCUGCAUUUUGUCAAUAAGAACCUGGAAGGUUUAGGCCUGCGAGUGAAUGACAUGAACACACAGUUUGCUGAUGGGGUGAUGCUCAUUUUGCUGAUUGGUCAACUAGGAGGCUACUUUAUCAAUCUGAAUGAAUAUUGCUUGACCCCGAGCUCCAACUCUGAAAUGUUGCUAAAUGUAACCUUUGCUCUGGAUCUUCUCAGCAAUGAUGGGCUCCUUCCAGCUGGCAUUGAACCUCAAGAUAUUGUGUCCCAGGAUGAGACUGCUACUCUCAAAGUCUUAUAUUCUUUGUUCAGAACUUACAAGUGAAUUCAGCACUUUAUCUGCCAGUUAUCCUCCCUGACUUCUUACCAGAAAACCAAGACCAAGUGACCUUCCCUCGAUCGAUGCCAGCAAGAAGUGAGGUUCUUAUAUGGUCAAAAUAAUAUACCUUCUGACAUUUUUGUAUUAGAGGAACCAGCACUAUUGUACUUCUCCUUCUAUGGACUCUUUAGAUUACUCUUGCAAGAUAUGGGUCUUAUAAUUAGGUGAUUGUUGAAACUAAGGUAUUUGUUAACCUCAGACAACUCUAUUUUCCUGGGCUUCAAUUGUUUUCUGUUUAUGGACCAUACCAUAAACCAUUGAAUUUAACAGUCCAGAUUAUAUUGCUGCUCAAGAGUUCAUUCUACCUAGGAGCACAUCCACUUAUCUGUACCGUAGUGAGAGUACCAGUCAGAGGAGUCAGGCCACACACUGAUUUGAAUGAUCUGAGCUCCACUUACUGAAUCUAUUUGGGUGUGCCCAUGGGUGGCGCCAGAUUAAGGUACUGCUCAAGAAUGUAAUCCUGCUGAAGCCUAUACAAAUAGAUUAAGAAGGUAGAAAAAUAUUUUGAUGAGAGUCGACCAUUCUGAUCAAUAAUGAUUCUCCUUUCCUUCAUUUAACGCAAACAAAAUAAGGUUGGCUUUAAAUAUGGUGGUGCUCAGACUACCAUUAUAUUUGGAUUAUUCUGAUAAGGAACCUAUAAGACAUAUCUAAAUUUCUCAAUGUAAGAUACUAUUUUAUUUAUUUAGAUUUUAUUUUUUUCUCCAGCCUUUGGAGUUUUUUUUUGUUUUUUCAGUCCACCCUGGC